GAUAAUAACUACAUAAAUAGUGAUUUCUGUGUGCCAAAAGCUCGCAUUGCAUUCUACUCCCAACUUCGCCCUCACAUACUCUGUACUCCUUACAGAGUAAAGACUAUUCAAAUUCCGAAGACAACCAAACCAAAAUUACAAUUGAAAUUAUUGUCAACUUACCUUUUGUGAGAGGAUCUUAUCUCAAAGGCGACAAGGCUCAUUCAUAUAUGUGGGAGCCGCAAGGGACAACUCACCCAGCACAUCCAGCGUAGUAAAAUACUCUGACUGAUCCCAUUGGGUGGUUGAACUGUUCAGAAGGCAGAGCAGUGGUUGGUAACUAAAGAGUCCCCCAACUCCACAAACUUCCCCCCAGUUGUUGGUGAACUACGAAGUAGUAUUGAGUGUGGAAGACCUCAGCUCACUCUUUUUCAACCCUUGCCAAUCCUAAUUCCGAACAAUGCCCAUCCCCACAAGGUGGCAUUCUCUACGCGAUCCUCUGUCAGCCCAGAGAAGAAAGCCUGCAGGCCAGGAUACAGCGACUCCCACCGGCACCAGUCGACCUGGCCUUACCAGCAGACCCACCCGCACAACCUCCGUAUCGACAGCGUCUGUAAAACCACCUAGCCAUGCCCACACGACCUCUGAAGGAAGCGUGUCCGCUGCAAGCACGCCUGGUCUCACAUCGCGAAGGAGCUUUCUCCCGCGCGGAAACCCUGCCGGUAUUCCCGCCAACAGAACGGUGACCGCCCCGCUGAAAGUUCAGAUCCCAGAACCGCAGACGAAGCAGUCGAGAGAUGCGCAGUCGGGUGUGUCGCCGUCUAGACGGAACAGUGUGUAUUCGCCAGUUAAACGAAGUGGUGGUUCGGCGUCGGCGGCGGAAUCUAGGGUGGGGGAUGGGAAGAAGCAGCAGCAGCAGCGAUCAACGGAAGGGUCGAGUUCCGGACAGGCGAAAACAGGUCAUUUACCGACGACGAGAUUGGAUAGAUCGGCUUCUCUGAGGCAGCCGGCUACGUCGAGAGUAGCUUCUGCCACGAUGAGCCAUGCGAGACAUCGGAGCCAGGUUUUCAAUUCGGGGAAUGCGGGACAGGCGGGAACAACGCAUCGGCAGGAUAAAACCGCGACGGACAGCCAGCCGGCGGCUUCGAGGCUUGCUAAACCGCAGUUUAAUACAUAUCAGCAACAGUAUAGUCCGAAAAAGCCGGCGGCCAAACCGUCCAUGAGUACUUUGUCCAUGGCUGCUGGAGAGAGUAAUGGCGCGGUAUCGUUGCCUCCGCAUGUCCCUCUUUUGCAGACCGAACUGCUCCAGCUAUAUCUCCUGCACUCUCAAGCUCUUCAAACGAAACGACAAUGGGAGACUAGCGCCGAUACCAAGUGUCGAAAGUUACAUGAGUCGGUCGUGACCACUUACCGGUCAGUCCUUUCCGAUGAGCAGUCUGUACAGCAACAUCGCAAUAUAGCAGCAAUCGAUCAGUUUGCGGCUGAGAUUAAAGCGUCCAACAGCCGCUACGACUUCUUGACCCAGAUACAGAUGUUGUCGAAAGUCAUCCUGGAGGUUUCGGACCUUACUGAAUCGCAGGAUGGGAGGUAUAACAUCGCUGUGCGAGAAUUUGAGGAGUGGUCUUCACGCGUAAUGCAGGUCAGGCAGCACAGGUCACAGGCGAAGGGCGAGAAUUCCGCCGCGAUCGAGAAUGGUUUGCGGUUUAUUAAUUCAUUGAGUGAUAGAUGGAGAAACGAUGUGGCUUCCUUGUCGGCGAAACUGGAGCUAUGUUCCCGCGAACUGGAUUGCUUAGAAGUUAUAGGCCCAACUUCGGACGACAAAAGUGCUUCGGAUUAUGACGCUUCUGCACUGGUGCGAGCUGUCAGGGGACAUAAGGUCUUGAUACAAGCUAUGAUAGAGGAAUUGGAAAUCAUGGCGAAGACUGAGGCUGAAGCGGCGAAGAUGGAGAGGGCAUGGGUGAAGAGAAGAGUUGAAUCUCUCCGGGGAAGUAGAUGCGGAGGCGGCGGUGUUGAAUUGGCGAUUCCGGUAUGGAAGCAGCUGUAAUUAGGUAUGGAGUGGAUGGCUUGCCGUGGGAAGGAUUGGAGAGUUUAGCAAUUAGUCCUAAACUACCUACAGUGGUGACUCUGAUACCUUGCUUUGGAACCCACCCAAAUCAACGACUUCACUUCCUUUUUUUUUAAUAGAUAUCUACAGAGUACAGUGAUGGAA